AGGGGAACGAGACUUGGAAGUACGAGAAUCGUCUCCGACCGGUCGUCGUCGUUGGCGACGACGGCGACGGCGGCGGGCCGCAGCAGCGGGUCGGCGACGGCAGCGACACGUCCCAGCGGGGCGCCGCGUCUCCGGCCAUCGCGUGGCGGCGCCAGCUCGCGGGGCGAGCGCGCCAGCAUGACGUGAGACGCAGCGCGGACCGCGGGCGGACGGGCGGCGAGCGGACGGGUUGUGUGGGCGGGCGGGAGAGGGCGAGCUGGAAGGGAGCCGAGCCGGAGAGCGGGAACGAGCGGGUUGGCGGGGGGGCGGGGCGGCGGCGGCGGCGGCGCAGUCGUCACGGCGACAUGAAUGGCGCUAAAGAGGGCGAGACAUCCGGCGCUCACGAGGUGCUGGUGGUGGCGGCGGUCAUGGUGCCCGUCGGGUGGCAGCGCAAGGUGGAGUCGCACGCCGUCACCUACACCAGUCCCGGAGGCAGCGUGCUGUGCUCCAUGGAGGAGGUGAAGAGUUACCUGCUCGCCGACGGCACCUGCAAGUGUGGCCUGGAGUGUCCCCUUGUACUACACAAGGUGUUCAACUUUGAGCGCGGAGCUGCGGUGCGGCCGCGUUCGGCGGAGGACGUGAAGGCGGACGCCGACAUGACCAAGCUGUGCAACCACAAGCGGAAGAUAAUCGCCAUGGCAACGCUCCACAAGAGCAUGGAGACGGGAGGGCACCACCACCGCCACCACCAUCACCGCACCACGACCGCCACCGCCAUGGUGCUCUCCUCUGCUGGCGAGGGCGGCGUGCGUCCCGCGCCACGCGGCGGCGGCAGCACCGGGCCUGGCGGCCGCUCCGGCCGGCCCAAGCCGGGCGCCGAGCUGCUCUUCCCCUCAUGCCUCUCGGCGCGCGCCAACUCCUUCCUGUCGCGGCUGCGCGCCGGCCACGGCGCCAACGCCGCGCGGCCGUGCGAGGCGGCGCCCGAGCCGCCCGUGCCCGCCGGCGCCCGGCCUCGGCUCGGCAGCUCCGAGUGGUCUCUCGGCGGCACGCCGGAGCCCCGGGACGCCUGCGCCGGCGGCGCCGGCCCCGGUUCCUCCGGGGGGCGCCAGCGAGCGGGGAGCGGCGAGCGUGGCCAGCGGUCUCCGUACUACGGCAGCCAAGGCAGCCUCAGCAGCGCCGCCUCCUCCAGCAGCUCGUGCUUCUUCGGCGAAGGCGCCACCUCGCCCUGCGCCGAGUCGGUCGGCAGCCCCGACGCCUACGGCAGCCGGUGCAGCCCGGGCUUCUGCCCUUCGGCGGCGGCGGCGGCGGCGGCGGCGGCGGCGGCGGCGGGAGGGCUGCUCCCCGCGGGCUGCCCGCCGGCGGCGGCGGCCGCCACGAGCCGCGCCGGCGCCGUGCCGCACUCGCCGACGCUCACGCCCAAGAGCCCGUUCGCCAAGAAGGCGGCGCCGUUCGGUCUCCCGCUGGUGGAGCACGCGGCGGCCGCGGCGGCGGCGGCCGCGGCGGCGGCGGCCGCGGCGGCGGCUCACGGCUACUACGGUGGCAAGCCGGCGUGCGCGCUGCGCCGCAGUCCUGUUGGCGGCACCGAGAAAGACCCGCUCGGCAUCUUGGAUCCCAUCCCGGCGCGGCCCGCCAAUCUCGGCGGCGGCGCCGCUACGGGCGGCGGCGCCGCUACGAGCGGCGGCGCCAGCGGACAGUUCGUGAACCCCACGGCGUUUGCGCUGCCCUCGCCGCUCAACGCCACGCCGGUGGUCGUGCCGUUGCCUAGCAACCUGCCGCUGCCGACCGCCAUGAAGCACGGCGGCGGCGCGGGAGGAGGAGGCGGUGGCGCCGGAUCGGGGGGCGGUCACGGCAACCAUCUCUUGGCACGGGCGGCGGCGGCGGCGGCGGUGGCGGCGGCGUCGUCGAUGACGAUGCCGACAUCCACGUCUCAGCACCUUCACCACCACCAGCAGCAGCACCACGUGGGCUCUCCGGACGGUUACCACGGCGCGGGGCCCGCGGGUUGCCGUGCCGACGCCUCGCCUCAGAGGCCGCGCUCCGGCUCGGGGUGCGUCGAGGGCGCCGGCGGUGCCGGCGGGGCGCGGGGUCCGGCGGCCCGGUCGCCCCGGCUGAGCGGGGACGCUGGCUACAAGGAGCUGGCGCCGUCCAUUCUCAUCGGUCUGCCUGGCGCGGCGGCGGCGGCGGCGGCGGCGUCGCACUCGUACGCCAGCAACCACCACCAGCAGCACCAGCAGCACCAGCAGCAGCAGGGAAAACAACAGCCGGGCCUCCUGGGCACACCGCUGUGCCAGGUGCUGAGUCAACAGAACCCGACCUCCUACCCGGCCAGCAGCCUCCUGUCGGCCGCCGCCAAGGCCCAGCUCGCCAACCAGGGCAAGCAGCCCGGCGGCACCGACCUCCCGAGCAAGCGCGGCGUCUUCCAGGGUGCCGGCAGCGUGCUGCUACCCGGCGGGGACGGCGCCGGCAGCCCCGUCGGCGCGGCGCCGUCCCUGCGCGACCGGCUGAGCGGGGGUCACCACCGGCGCCACCGUGCGCCGCCGUCGUCGGGCCCCACCGCCGCCGACGUGCUGAGCAUGCUCCGCCAGCAGGUGCCGCAGCAGCAGCAGUCGGCGCAGCAGCUGGUGCACCAACAGCAUCAGCAGCCGGCGCCGUCCGACGGGAGGGCCGGCUCGCCGAAAGGCCCGCCGCAGGUGCUGUGGCGCGGCGGGCUGCUUGGGAGCCACCCCAUGUCGCAGCUGCUGCAGAGCAUGAGCUCGCAGCAGGCGGGCGCCGGUGGCGCGAGGGCGGCGGGCAACCAGCUGGCUCCGGCGGCGGCGCCCGAGGUCGCCUCCCCGGACGACGCCGGCACCGCCGCUGCCGCGAAGGGUCACGCCUGGGACUUAGACGGUGCCGUCGCCGCCGGGAUGAGUGUGGACGAAUGCGGCGCCGGCAACGGGGUCGUUGAUGGCGCCGGCGGCGCCGUGGCGACCGCGCGGUUGAAGGGGGGGGCGAGCUCGCCCGGCCGAGCGCAGGAGCGUUCUGUGGGCGCGAGCGGCGAGAACGCCAGGACUCGCGGGCACGAGCGGAAGGACCCCGAGGAAGAGGUGGGGCUGGAUCUGUCCCUGCCGGAGUCGGGCGCCGGCGAGAGGGAGGCGACCCCCGUGGACCGGCUCCCAACGCCGUCGCCAGCGCCGGACGGAACGGGAGAAUCCGCGGCGAGUUUGGCUGCGCCGUCGCCCGUCCUGCCCGCCGGGGGGACCGGGAGCGCCGGCAGCGAGGGCGUGGCGCAAGCGGAGGCGCCGGAUUGCGCCGAGGCCCGGCGGGACACGACCGUCGCCGGUGCGGAGGAGCAGCCCGGCGCGGACGGGACGACGCAAGCGUCGACGGAGCAACCGCUAGAAGAGUCCGGCGAAGACGGCGCCGCCGCCGCCAUCGCCGAGGACCCGAGCGCCGCCUCCCCCAAGCCGCCGUCCGGCAGCUCCCAGGAUGCGCUGGCGCCCGCUCUGUCCCUGCCCGGCUCCUUCCCUUUACUCGCCCAGGAGCAGCUGGCGCUGCUGAGCCAGUCGACUCUGCCGGCGCUCGGCGGGCCGGCCGGGCUGCUCGCCGCCCUGCAGCUGCCCCCGCUGCCCUUCCCGGGGCUGCUGCCGCCCGGCGGCGCCGGCGCCGGCCUCGCCGAGAGCCUCGGGCUGCUGUCGGCGCCGGCGGCGUUCUCCCUGCCGCCGCUGCCCGCCGGCGCCGACGCGGAGUCGCAAGCGGUGCAGCAGCUGCUCUUGCAGCUGGCGCUCACGGCGCAGCAGCACCAGCAGCAGCAGCAGCAGCUGGCGGCGCUGGUGGCGGCGCAGGGGCUCGGCGCUAUGCUGCUGAACCUGCCGUUCCCGGACGCGGGGGCGCCGUCGCCGCUCGGCGAGCACCCGGCGAGCCUGGCGAGCGCCAUCGCCGACACCACCUUCCUCGCCAAUCUCACCGCCGCCGCGUCCAUGGAGGCGGCGGCGGCGGCCGGCAACUCGCUGCUGCUGUCGUUGCCGGCGCUCAUGACGCUGGGGCCGCAGCUCGCGGCGGGGCUGCUCAACCCGCUGUGCGGCGCCGGCGAAGCGCUACCUCGGGAAGAAGCAGAGGCGCCGCCGGCGCGGCCUGCCGAUGACGUUCCGGCGCUGGCGCCUUCGCCGCGGUUGGAACUUGCCGAGACGUCGGCUUCGGAGGAGGACGCCGCCGCCGGCGCGGCGCCUGCGGGGCCCGCGCCGGCGCCGCACGACGGCCAACGGCGGCAGUCGGUCGUUUCCACGCCGGCGCAGCAGCAGAACGAGCGAGGCGCCGGCAAGUUUGCGGCGCCGCACCUCGCCGCAGCCGUCUGUUCUUUGCCGGCGACGGGGGGCGCCGGCGAGGGGCCGGCGGAGGCGCCGCCGGGAGCCGUGCCGUCGGCUGUUGGGGUCGGCGAGGGGCUGCUGCCGCCGCCGACGCCGAGCGGGAGAGCGGCCGCGGUGGCGCUGGGCGGUGGCGCCGGCGCAGAGAAGCUUCCGGCGUCGCUCGUGCCCCAUCUGCUGAGCCCCCUGCUCACAUCAAGCCUCCUCGCUGAGCUCCCAGCUCUGGCGAGCGCCGCUCUCUCGCAAGACCUGACGGCGCCGCUGCUGCCGGGCUCCAUGCUGCUCCCCACAUGCCUCCUCAACCUGGUCGGCGUGGGCCGAGCCGCGGAGGCGGCGACCGCGGACGGCGCCGCCGCUCGCGACCGUCCGGACCCCGCGCCGGCGGCCCCUCCGCCGCCCGGCCCGACGCGGCCCCAACCGGACCGGGACGCCGGGGCCGAGGGCGGCGGGCCCACCGCCCCGUCGCCGUUGGGCAACGCCGCCGGCGCCGACCGGUCGCCGUCGCCGGCGCCGGGCUCCACGCCGGCGCGAGCGUCGUCCCCUGCUGCCGCUGCCUCGGACCGCGAGUCUCCUCCCGUCCCGAGCGCCGGCGCCUCCGAGUCUGUCGUGACGUCGCCGGCGGCUGCACCGGAGACGGACGACGGUGCCCCCCCAGGGUUUGGCACGGACACGGCGGCCGAGUCGUGCGAGUUCCGGGAAUUGGCGCGGGCGGGAGACGCGCCGGAGGAACGCGGGAUACAGAGCCGCUCGCCGGAGCGGCCGGCGCCGACGCCUGCCGGAGCGGGCGGCGGCACCGGCGCCGGGGAAGAAGCGCCGCGGGAGACGUCGCAAUCGGCGGACGCCGACUCCGACGUGACUUUACCCCGGCGUGGCGCCGACGAGACGGACCAGAGAGGCGGCGGUACCUGCGAAGGAGCCGGCGCCUCGCCGAGAGAACCUGACGAGCGUUGGCGGAGUCGCGACGGCGCCGCGGAGCCGGUGCGCGAGGCCGCGGCCGCUCCUUCCCCGGCCGGGACUCCGUCGCUGCCGCAAUCGCCGCCGGCGCUCGCCCUGCCGACGCCGCCGCCCUGCGAGGCCGCCGCCGGCGGAGAGGAAACCGUCGCUCCGUCGCCACGAGCGGUGGCGGCGGCGCCAUCUGCCGACGAAAACCCGGCAAGCUGGCGCGACCCGCGAGGCGUGGAGGAACGGAGCGCGUCGACGGCGGAGACCGGCCUCCCCUCCCCUCCGCCUCCCGCCAGCCCGCCGCCGUCCCCCCGGACGGCGGAUGCGACGGCGCCGACCCCGCCGCUUCCGACGCCGCCCGAACCGCCCGAGGCGUCCGCGGCGUGCGAGGCCGACGACGCGGAGGAGGCGCCGGACGCGGCGGCGCCGCCGGAUGAGGCGCCGGCGUUCCCGUGCAACGGCGAGCGCCCGGAGCCGGUGAACGGGUGCUCGCCGAGCCCCUCGGACACGCGCAGCCUCAGCGAGGACGAGGACGAGGACGGCGGCCGGGCGCCGGGAUCCCCGGCGCCCGCCGACGGCGCCGGGGGCGGCGACGCGGACGGCGAGGCCGGCGAGGUGCACGACGCUCGCUACGGGCCCCGCACGUUCAACCUGGGCGACCUGGUGUGGGGCCAGAUCAAGGGCUUCCCCUCGUGGCCCGGCAAGCUGGUGCGGCACGACGAGGUGCGCAGCGCCCACCCCACGCGCUCCGAGGAUGGCAAGGUGUGGGUCAUGUGGUUCGGAGACCACAGCUUCACACAGGUGGAGCCCGAGAAGUUGAAGACUCUGUCCGAGGGGCUGGAGGCGCACCACCGCGCACGCAAGCGCUACCGCAAGAGCCGGAAGCUGAACAGCAGCCUUGAGGCUGCCAUCCAGGAAGCCAUGACGGAACUGGACAAGAUGACAGAGGCUGCGGACGAGCAGCCGAAGGGGCGCUCGGACAAGACCCCCAAGGGAGCCAAGCGGCGGAAGAUAUCCAGAUGACCCUCGUCCACCAAGACCCGCCGAUCUCCGACCCCCUUGACCCGAGGGCACACCACACUACUUGAGCUUUUGACAUUCCGUUCCGCGGGGGGCGCGAACUCCGGCUCCUCCGGCCCCCUCUCGCGCAGCGGGCGUUGAGCAGAUGCGGGAGGCGACCUUCAGAAACGACCGCCCUUCCAACCCGGCCCGUUCACUUCGACGAUGUGUGACGCAUUCCCCUUCGUGCGACGGCACCAGGAUACGACGCCGAGGUCGCUUUGUCUGGUCGUGCCGUCGGUCGGGAAAGGCCGACCGCCGCCUUCUCGGCAGCCACAGCAAAAACGGUGGACACGAUAAGCCACGCCGGUCCUGCUGGGUGCGAUCCCCGGCCUCGGUUCGACCGGCACCGCGCUGCCGCCCACCCUCUCCUCUGAUUGGCGCCGCACACGAACCGCUCACCCCCCCCCGACCACGCAGUAAGAAGCCGCAUGGCGGUUGUGACGGUUACGAGGGCGCGGGGGAGAGGAUCUUCCCCGAUGUUUUUUUUUUCUUCACGGUUGUACCCGAGGAACGCUGCCCAGCACGUGGAUGGCGUCACAACGUCGGACAGACGGCCGGACAAUAGCACCACGGGAAGCGCACGGAGAGCCGUUGCAGCAGCAGCAGCAGCAGCACAACCGCCAGACGGCAACAACAACAACAAAACCUACGUGGUCGAGAGGACCCUUGGUGGAGAGAGGGAAUGUUAUUUUGGGGGCAUUUCCUGAUGGAGGAAGGGGGGGGGGUGACGGUGACGGGCUCCCCUGUUUUUGUUUUGGAGCGUCAACGGUCAACUCCGUUGAACUCGCGAACCUUCCCCUGACCUGCCCUACCUCCCUCCCCAAUCGCAGCGCUGUAGUUGAGUAAGGGCUCGUGGAGAAAUGGGUUUUCUGUGAUUGCGCGGAUGCAAGGAGGUGCUGUAUGGGAUGUGUCGUCCGCGCGUUCUUACACUGGCGGACGUGAGGUUUUUGCACACAGUGCACCGCGGACUCCGCUUCAAGCCUGCUGCAGAGAGGGCGAAAGAGGAGAGCGAGUGAUUCGGUGAGAUUAACCCCCGCUGUAUAAACGGUGUACACAUUUGUUAUGAUACUGCUGUAUUAUUACGAUGGCCGAUUUUUAUUUUUUUGUAGACGAGAAAGCAUCGGGACUCGCCAAGCGGACGGAGUGCGUUCGUUUGCCCGCCCGCGAAUUUUUGUUUGUUUUUGGGAGCGAUUUUUUUUGUUUCUUUUGUUUGAUGGCGUAGAUCGCACGGCGGCGAGCGAACAACAACUAACUAACGACGUGUGUUUCAUUUGCUUCACAAAUUAAGUCGGUCUGCGCGCACUCUCUAAAGUGGCCGGUCUGCAUAGGUGCUAACGGACGUGGGGGGGGGGGGGGGGGGUUUCCAAGGGUUGAAAAUAAUUUCCUGCUCCAGAUUUGUUUUUCACGCCGGUGGGGCGACCGGGGGCGGUGGGGUGAGAAAGCUGAUCUGCUUUUACGGUUACCCCCCCACCCCGAGUCUCCGGUUGUGGAGUGGUGAGGUGGGGGGCAGGUGAUACGCGUGGCGCGAUACGACGAUGUGCUCGUGAGAUGGCCCCAUCAGCCCCCCAGGGGUAUUGCCUCCUGCGUCGAUGGCUGACGGCAGCGCAGCAAGUAUGUACGUACUCAUUUAGACCGAUCUUCACCACGGGGAUUAAGCGUUCUCUCUCUCCCCUCUCGUCGUACGCGCGGGGGGCUUCGUCCACAGGGGACUAGUUCGUUUCGAGGAACUACUUCUUUGGGCAAAAAUCUAGACGCCACAUUUUCAAACUUCUUCAAAACCUUUGGCGAUUUUUUUUAUUCCAGAAUCCUCCAUAGAUUCCUCCUCCUCCUCCUCUCUCUCCUUAAGACUUGGCCACGUGUGAAAAAAAAAUUCUAAAACACACAAAGCAGUUUCUUUUCUCCUCCUAUAUUUAAAAGUUUUUCAUUUCUCCUUGUAAUUAUUUUCGUUGGCUGGACACGGACGGGGCUUGCGGAGGUAACGCGUCAAUCCCAGCCGUCGCCUGGCCAGCCCCAAGCGCUCGCUGUUUUUUGCGCCAAAUUUAAAAACCACCGACCCACCCACCCAUCUUUUUCUAAGAAGAGAAAAAAAUCUCACUUUUGUUUUUUUCUUUUUGAAUGUUUUCGCACCUCUCCGUUGUUUUAAAGCAUUAUUACCCCACCCCACCACGUCCCCUCCGUAAACUUGGAACGUCCUUAUUGCGGGGCCACAACGUGUUCGACCAACGGUUCCAACAAUAACAUUGCCAAACGUUGACCCAACGUUUGUCAAUGUUGGUUACUGGGACACGGCCGGGGAUGGGGGGUGGGGGCAGGUCUCUUAGGAUGAUUAUUCCAUAACCUUCCCCGCACACCUUUUCUCUGCGUGUGCGAGGUGGUGGAGUUCCACGGUACUUUGGGGGUCUCGCCGACUGUGCGGAUUGCGCAGAGACACGGUUAUCGGUGAACGGUGAGGGUGUAAGACGCGGCCCCCUCACCCCAACCCCCCCGCGUCUCAUGAAGUGUAUAUAUGGCGAUUCGCAGAUU